CCUCGAAGCGCAGCGCCGUCGCCAUGUCUUCCGGGGCCAGCGUGCACGCCCUGCAGCGCCUGGUGGAGCAGCUCAAGCUGGAGGCCGGCGUGGAGAGGAUCAAGGUCUCUCAGGCCGCUGCAGAGCUCCAACAGUACUGCGUGCAGAACGCCUGCAAGGAUGCCCUACUGGUCGGCGUUCCAGCGGGAAGCAACCCCUUCCGAGAGCCCAGAUCCUGUGCUUUAUUCUGAAGACUGUAGGAAAGAAGUUCGCUGAGGAAUGAAUGCUCAGAUGCUAAGAGACGAAUGACUGCCUCCAAGUCUCAAGAGAACAGUUUUCUCUAACCAAAUGACUUUCCUAUGACCUGGUCCAAAGCCAAAAUUCUACAGAAAUUUGAUGAGUUUCAACUCAAAUAAGGAAACUGGGUGAAGAAGUAGAUAGACUUUUAAAUAAUAAUGGCCUGGUUUGUUUGGUGAAAUGCUUUAUAGUUAAGACAAACAAACACUUUACCACCAAAUAUACAAAAGUGCACCUCUUUCAUAAGUGAAUUACUAGUGUUUCUAUACUUGGAAUAUUAUAUAUGUUUUAUUUACUGGAUGUUUACAUUUUGAGGAGAACAUUUUUGUUUAUUGAAAAAAAACUCGAAUAUUUUAAAUUUGUUGUUCCUAAGAUAUUUACACCAUGACAAAAUUUUUCCUUUUCUCAUGAAUUUACAAUUUUUAAAUGAAGAGAAGCCAAUGUAAAAUUGGGGGGGG